AUGUCCAUUGAUAGGGCACAAGACAGCGAUGCCGCUAACCAGCAUCGGCCGAUUAAUAUGGUCAACAAGACUGAGCGAGCGUCCAUGGCUCAGCAGACUCAAUACUCGGACAUGCUGCUCGAGAAUAUUGGCACGAUGGCUUGCGACGUCACUGCCUGGUCGCGACCGCAGCAACACUUCACCUUGCAGCGACAUCAGCAGCAGUACGGCUUUACGUGCCCUCCGACAGUGCUCACCCGCCACGCAUCCAUGCCUGGACGUCAAAUGCUGUCUACUCAAUGCUGUCAGCAAGAGCAGCAUCAGCAGCCACCAACGUCGUUUGCUAUGGGAAUACCGCCAACUCUUCCUCGGCAUCACAGUCACGGCUACAUUCCGGUAAUGCAGCACCAACAAGAAUACCAACCGGCAAUGAACGGGACAAUGCCUCCUCGUCAGGUGCACGUGAACGAAAUGCAGCACCUGCUUGAGAUCAGCAUGGGCUAUCAACAGCCUUUGCUGUACCCGACCCUGACGCAGCAGCGGAUGACAAAGUCCUUACUUGUUUCGUCACCCUCGGUCAUGAACGUCGAGCCGAUCGCCUUUGCCUUCACCGACAACAACACCAAGAUCACUGUUGACAAUCUAGACCCUCUUGCCUACGCCGUGUUUGGAAACACGUCGACCCUCAAGUCUGCACACCACGGCAUGCCUCAAGACAUUCAGCAGAUCGAGUCAGCCUUUGAUUCGCUGGACCGCCUUCUGCCCGAGAUUGAGCAGGAAAUAAUGUUUCAGUCGUCGGAGCUGAACCAAGUUACUCAGACUACCGUUCUUUCGAGUCCAAAGACAAUCAAGUCACCCAAAUGCAUGGUUACCUGCAAGGUGAGUGGCUGCGAGCGUCGUGUGCGCUCCAAGGGUUUCUGUAAGACUCACGGUGGUGGCCGCAAGUGCAGCAUCGAAGGCUGCAAGAAGUCAAGCCAGAACGGCGACUUUUGUAUCGGCCACGGUGGUGGCAAGAAGUGCAAGGAAGUAGACUGUGCCAAGGCUGCACAGUCGCACGGUCUGUGUAAGGCUCACGGUGGCGGUGCUCGCUGCAAGUUCUUGAAUUGUACCAAGAGCUCACAGGGUGGCGGACUCUGCCGUGCUCACGGUGGUGGCAAGCGCUGCCAGGCGUCGAGAUGCCCAAAGGGUGCUCAGCGUGGCAACUUUUGUGCCACUCAUGGUGGCUUUCGCAACUGCAAAAUUGAGGGCUGCGUGCGUACGGACCGUGGUGGAGGUUUUUGCGAGGUGCACCGUCGUGGUCGCCUGUGUAAGGUCGAAGGCUGCAAGAAGCUAUCUCGCAACCAGGGCAUGUGUACCAUGCAUAUUCGUGAGGACAAGCACGUUGAAAUUUAUCGACUCUUUCCAGCCUCGAAGGUUUUGCCAAGUGUAGGCAAACCUCUCAAUUACUUGACACUCACCGCACAUACAUAG